AUGGCCGGGCCUCGCCUCGGCCGCCUCGCCCCCGCCAGCUCCCUCCUCCUCCUCUGCGACCUGCAGGAGCGCUUCCGCCGCGCCGUCCCCUGCUUCCAGCAGGUCGUCGCCGUCGCCGCCCGCGUCCUCCAG